AUGCUGCGGCGGCUGCUGGAGCGGCCCUGCACGCUGGCCCUGCUCGUGGGCUCCCAGCUGGCCGUCAUGAUGUACCUGUCGUUGGGGGGCUUCCGAAGUCUCAGUGCCCUGUUUGGCCGAGAGCAGGGGCCCACAUUUGACUACUCUCAUCCCCACGAUGUCUACAGUAACCUCAGCCACCUGUCAGGGGCCCCUGCUGUGGCCCCGGGUGGCCCUCUGGCUCCUCAAGGUCUGCCGUACUGUCCAGAACGGUCUCCUUUCUUAGUGGGUCCCGUGUCUGUGUCCUUCAACCCAGUGCCCUCGCUGGCAGAGAUUGUGGAGAGGAACCCCCGGGUGGAAGCAGGGGGCCGGUACCGCCCCGCAGGGUGUGAGCCCCGCUCCCGGACAGCCGUCAUCGUGCCGCACCGGGGCCGGGAGCACCACCUGCGCCUGCUGCUCUACCACCUGCACCCCUUCCUGCAGCGCCAGCAGCUUGCUUACGGCAUCUACGUCAUCCACCAGGCUGGAAACGGAACUUUUAACCGGGCAAAGCUGCUGAACGUGGGGGUCCGGGAGGCCCUGCGUGACGAAGAGUGGGACUGCCUGUUCUUGCACGACGUGGACCUCCUGCCAGAGAACGACCACAAUCUGUACGUGUGCGAUCCCCGCGGGCCCCGGCACGUGGCCGUCGCCAUGAACAAGUUUGGAUACAGCCUCCCAUACCCCCAGUACUUUGGAGGGGUCUCAGCGCUCACUCCCGACCAGUACCUGAAGAUGAACGGCUUCCCUAAUGAAUACUGGGGCUGGGGUGGUGAGGAUGAUGACAUUGCUACCAGGGUGCGUCUGGCUGGCAUGAAGAUCUCUCGCCCCCCCACGUCUGUGGGACACUAUAAGAUGGUGAAGCACCGAGGGGACAAGGGCAACGAGGAAAACCCACACAGAUUUGACCUCCUGAUCCGUACCCAGAAUUCCUGGACACAAGAUGGAAUGAACUCACUGACUUACCGAUUGCUGGCUCGAGAGUUGGGCCCUCUCUAUACCAAUGUCACAGCAGACAUUGGAACUGACCCCCGGGGUCCCCGGAUUCCCUCUGGCCCCCGUUACCCACCUGGCUCCUCCCAGGCAUUCCGCCAAGAGAUGCUGCAGCGCAGGCCGCCAGCCAGGCUGGGCCCUCUGCCUACUGCCAACCACACAGCCCCACACGGCCCACACUGA